AUGGAGAGGUUCCAAUACCGGUUGGCUCGAUCAACCGGUAACAACCUACAUGAUAUUAAUGCGAGAAGCAUGAAUAACAAUAACAAUUUGGAGGUUGUGAGGAGCACUAACUCUCCAUCUUUAUACUCUAAUUAUAACUACGAGACGUCGCGAGAACGUCCCGUGGCAAAGACAAAGAGCCCAUCAUGGUGGAAUGAUCCAGAGCGAAAGAGAAAGAGAAGAGUGGUUAAUUACAAGUUUUAUGCGGCUGAAGGUAAGUUCAAACGUUCUGUGAAGAAAGGGUUUCGAUGGUUCAAGGUCAAAUGCAUCAAGAUUGUAACCAGUUUUUAG